AUGGCUUUCGGUGCUCGAGGCGCUCCCCGCGGUGGUGGUCGUGGCGGCAGUCGUGGAGGCGGUCGUGGAGGUUUCGGUGGUGAUCGUGGUGGUCGCGGUGGUGCCCGCGGUGGUGCUCGAGGCGGCGCUCGUGGUGGUGCACGAGGUGGUUCUUUCGGCCGUGGUGGUGGUCGCGGCGGUGGUCGCGGCGGUGCUGGCCGUGGAGGUGCUCGUGGAGGUGCUGGGCAAAAGGGCGGUGCAAGAGUUGUCAUUGAGCCUCACCGUCACCCUGGCGUCUUCGUUGUCCGUGGUGGCAAGGAGGAUGGUAUCGCCACCCGAAAUCUCACUCCUGGCGAGUCUGUGUACGGUGAGAAGCGCAUUUCCGUCGAUGAAACCGUAAAGAACGACGACGGCACCACCUCAACAACCAAGGUUGAGUACCGUAUGUGGAACCCUUUCCGAAGCAAGCUGUGCGCUGCUAUCGCUGGUGGUGCCGACGACAUCUACAUUCGCCCUGGCUCUCGUGUCCUCUACCUCGGUGGUGCUUCCGGUACCUCAGUCUCGCACGUUGCCGAUGUCGUUGGCCCUACUGGUUACGUCUAUGCUGUCGAGUUCUCUUCACGAUCCGGUCGUGACCUCAUUAGCAUGGCUUCCAAGCGAACCAACGUUGUUCCUAUUGUUGAGGAUGCCCGUCAACCAGCCCGCUACCGCAUGAUCGUUCCAAUGGUGGAUGUCAUCUUUGCCGAUGUUGCUCAGCCCGAUCAGGCUCGUAUUGUCGCCAUGAACGCCAACUGGUUCCUCAAAGUCGGUGGCGGAAUUCUCAUCUCCAUCAAGGCAAACUGCAUUGACAGCACUGCUCCUCCCGCGGAGGUAUUUGCCAGCGAGGUCCAGAAGAUGCGAGCCGAGUCUAUCAAGCCCAAGUUCCAGCUUACCUUGGAACCCUUUGAGCGUGACCAUUGUUUGGUUGCCGGAGAGUACCAGCGCUACAAGUCGUAA